CCGAAAUCCUAUACCCUCCCCAAAACAAACCUAACCCCCAACUCCCCCAAGCCCCUCCUCCACUACAAGAACACCUUCCUGACCAAAACCGGGCACGUGGAUGCAGCCCUCGCCUACGACACCUUCGCCCGGAACGGCUGGGACGUGCAGUGGGUGACGACGUACGGCCGCACCCAGAAAGCGCACUACCACCCCGCCACGCACGAAGUCAUGGUUGUGCUUUCGGGGCCGGGGACGAUUCGCUGGGGUGUUUCGGAUCUAGAUCCUUACAUGCAGGAACACGCCCGGGAUGAACUCGACCCCAAAGAGAAGGGAAAUGGAGGGUUUGAAAUGCAGGUUCAGGUCGGCGAUUGCUUCGUGAUCCCUGCGGGCGUAGCGCAUAAGUCCUUCGAUGACGCUGCUGCGAGUCUCGAGCCAACGUGUUUGACGGGUGGAGGUGCGCAUCGGAUUGAGGCGGAGGAUCCCCGCGGGUUCGUCGCGGCGUUGCAGGUGGAGGGGUUCACGAUGAUGGGGGCGUAUCCCCGGGGAUUUACUUGGGGGUGGGCCGAGGGAGGCGAGCAUGUCGGCGAUUUUGAGUCGGUGUGGGGGGUCGAGAAUCCGCAGCUGGAUCCAGUUUGUGGGGGGAAGGGGGGUAUCGGUGCGUUUUGGGAGGGUUGUGAUGGGGUUGACCAACCUGUUGCUGGCAAGGCUGGGGAGUGA